AAGCAUGACUCCACUCGGGUAAAGUCCGCUAAAUUUUCAUUAUGACAGGGGCAAGAGGGGAUGCAGGCACUUUCAAGCUCAAACACGGGCGGGCAAUGACUCCUUAUAAUUUCUCUCCGACCGACACGGAGGGUCCGUAUAUAAAGAAGGAUCGUGCGUUGUCCUUGCCUGAGAUGUCAGAAUUGCAUCGGAUCCGUCUUGAUCAUGUAUACCGCUGGCUUGUUUUUGCUCUCUCUAGCCCCCCUGCUAGUUAAGGGUCAACUCUCUGGUAGCGUUGGUCCCCUUACUUCAGCAAGCUCCAAAAGCCAGGUCAAGACCUGCAAUGUCGUUGACUACGGUGCGGUAGCCGACAAGGCUACGGAUAUCGGCUCUGCCUUGCAGUCCGCCUGGGAUGAUUGCGCGAGUGGUGGUGUCAUUUAUAUCCCCCCGGGUGACUAUGCGAUGGAGACCUGGGUCACGCUCUCUGGAGGAAACGCAUGUGCGAUCCAGCUAGACGGCAUCAUCUAUCGCACAGGGACUGAUGGGGGUAACAUGAUCAUGAUCAAGCACUCGUCCGAUUUUGAGUUCUUCAGCAGCACUUCCGAAGGUGCAAUCCAGGGUUAUGGGUACGAGUUUCAUGCUGAAGGGUCAAUGGAUGGCCCUCGGAUCCUGAGGCUCUAUGAUGUGUCGGACUUUUCGGUGCAUGAUGUCUCGCUCGUUGAUUCACCACUAUUCCAUUUCUCGUUGGAUACAUGCUAUAAUGGAGAAGUAUACAACAUGGCGAUCCGUGGCGGUAACUCUGGAGGUUUGGAUGGAAUUGACGUCUGGAGUGAGAACGUCUGGAUCCAUGAUGUUGAGGUCACGAACAAGGACGAAUGUGUCACUGUCAAGAGUCCAGCCAAGAACAUCCUCGUCGAGAACAUUUACUGCAAUUGGAGCGGAGGUUGCGCUAUGGGAUCACUGGGAACAGACACUGACAUUUCCGACAUUGUCUAUCGCAAUGUAUACACCUGGAACUCGAACCAGAUGUUUAUGGUCAAAUCCAAUGGCGGGAGCGGAGCAGUUUCCAACCUUGUACUCGAAAACUUCAUAGGUAUGCUGGAUCUCAUUCGCGACCAGAGAAAUGCUGACGUCCUAGGCCACGGAAAUGCAUACAGCCUGGACAUAGACGCCUAUUGGAGUAGCAUGUCCACCAUUGAUGGGGAGGGGGUUGAGUUGAACAAUGUCACGAUUCGCAACUGGAAAGGGACAGAGGCAAAUGGGGCAGAGCGUGGGCCAAUCAAGGUGGUCUGCGCAGCCGGAGCACCGUGUACGGAGGUCACAAUUGAGGACUUUGAGAUGUGGACAGAAACAGGGGACGAACAAACAUAUCGCUGCGAGAACGCGUUUGGCUCGGGAUUUUGUCUGCAGGAUGGCGAUGGGUCUGCCCCCUAUACCACGACGUUGACCGCCACGGCAGCACCGUCUGGUUUCUCCGCACCCCGCAUGGAAAACAAUCUUGAGUCAGCGUUCGGCACCGACUCCGAGAUUCCAGUUCCCACAAUCCCAACCUCCUUCUUUCCUGGCGCAACUCCCUACAGUGCCCUCGCAGGAGCCAACUCCGUCGACUCUGCUGAAUCGUCCUCACCAGCGGCGGUUUUAUCCACUUCUGUAGUGAGCAAUGCGAGAGCAACACUGGAAAGCUCAAUUGGGCCCUCUUCAACGUCGAUUGUCAAGCCGACGCGAGUCGCUAAUGCUGCGUUGAGCAGUUCAGCGAGUACGGCCUCUCAUUCCCCUUCUGUGCCGACUAGCAGCGUGAAGCCUACCGGAGUUCCACAUGGAAGCUCUCAUCAUCACAACCACCAACACCAUUGUCGCGCCCAUUGA